AUGGCCAACGAUCAAGAUAAACUCAAUAUCGACGGAAUUAUUCAACGAUUACUCGAAUUUCGCGGCGCCAAGCCCAAUAAGAAUGUGCAUUUAAGUGAAAAUGAAGUGCGUGGAUUAUGUUUAAAAUCACGAGAGAUAUUUCUCAGUCAACCAAUUUUACUUGAACUCGAAGCACCAUUAAAAAUUUGUGGCGAUAUUCAUGGUCAAUAUUAUGAUUUACUACGUUUAUUUGAAUAUGGAGGUUUUCCACCAGAAUCUAAUUAUUUAUUUCUUGGAGAUUAUGUUGAUCGUGGUAAACAAUCACUUGAAACCAUAUGCUUAUUAUUAGCUUAUAAGAUAAAAUAUCCCGAAAAUUUUUUCCUUCUUCGAGGAAAUCAUGAAUGUGCAUCAAUUAACCGUAUAUACGGAUUUUACGACGAAUGUAAACGACGAUAUAAUAUUAAAUUAUGGAAAACGUUCACUGAUUGUUUUAAUUGUCUUCCUGUUGCUGCUAUCAUUGAUGAAAAAAUCUUUUGUUGUCAUGGUGGCUUAAGUCCAGAUUUACAAUCGAUGGAACAAAUAAGACGAAUUAUGAGACCAACUGAUGUACCUGAUCAAGGUUUACUAUGUGAUUUAUUAUGGUCUGAUCCUGAUAAAGAAGUGAAUGGUUGGGGAGAAAAUGAUCGUGGUGUAUCAUUUACAUUUGGAGCUGAAAUAGUUUCGAAAUUUUUACACAAACAUGAUCUUGAUCUUAUUUGUCGUGCUCAUCAAGUUGUAGAAGACGGUUAUGAAUUUUUUGCCAAACGUCAAUUAGUUACUCUAUUCUCAGCGCCAAACUAUUGUGGGGAAUUCGAUAAUGCUGGUGCAAUGAUGUCGGUUGAUGAAACAUUAAUGUGUAGCUUUCAGAUUUUAAAACCAUCGGAAAAGAAAGCAAAAACGCCUUCGUUGAAUAAUUCACGUCCAGUAACUCCACCACGAGGCGGUGGUAAUCCUGGCAUGAAGGAUGCCUUAACUAAAGAUGGCAAAAAACCAAUGUAA